AUGUUAUGGUCAAUUUCCGGCACCGCCUCCAACGGGCAUCACGACGUGGCAAUGCGACAACUGAGCAUCGAUGACUAUCAGGUUUAUGAGUCACCCUCCUCGGAAAGCGAAGGCGAGAACUCUUUCCGCUAUCACCCAUCAUUCGCAUAUGAGCCAGGGUAUACGGAGGAGCCGCAGUCUUCACUCGAUGAGCCUACUCCGCUGCAAAAUCAUCCACAACAACAACAACAACAGUUGUCAAGCAAAGAUAAUGAGCAGGAGAAGAUCCAGGCAGCCGAUGAUGAUGAUGAAUCCAAGAAAUACCCCUGGAUGUCAGGAGGGUUGAGGAGGUUUCCGUAUUCGGCUCUUCUCCCUUUGGUUUUGAGCGUAGCUUGUACCGGCGCGGCCAUUUACAUCGUGCUCUCAAGCGACGGCCAACCAGUCGACGGUCAAUGGUCCGGCAAGAUGCAGCCCGGUGUGCUUCUCGCUUACACCUCGACGUUUGCCAACACGUUCUUGGGGGUCGCGUUUGCCGAAGCCUCGGUGAUAUGUUUUUGGUCGAGAGCCGUGAAGAACGAGGGUAUGCCGAUCACGAAUCUGCACUACUACUGGGCUGGCAGCACGGGCGUUGUGGGCGCGGUGAAGGCAUUGAGUGGGAAGAGGGCUGUGCGGGUUAGUUUGGUUUGCCUCCUCGUGGCCAUUACCUCCUUACUCCGCGGGCCUCUGAUGCAGCGAGCGUCCUCUGUCCAGACAGUGAGCGUGCUGGACACGGGCAAGAUUGACCUAGCGAUCAUGCCCAACGUAAGCAGUGACUGGGCCGGUUACGUGACCGACACUUCUCUGAGCGGAUACGGCGGCGUUGACUUCAGCGCUGGCUUUGCCAGCGUCGCUCGCGAGUAUCAGGCCAAAACGCCUAUGCGGAUUCCUGAUGUGGCGGAGUGCGAUAAUUGUUCGAUAAGUGUCCCGGCCUUCGGCUUCAACGUAGUCAACUGUUCUACAUCCUACAUCCCCUACAACCUAACCCUUCAAUACAACAAGAACGGGACAACCGUUCUGAACAAAAACGUAACCGCGAUCAUCUUCAAGACCUACAUUUCCUUUGAUGCAUUCCAGUAUGGUCCUGAACCCGAGGACUUUCAGAAUGGAAUAUCCGUCCAAGUCACGCACAAAAAUUCCUCCUCGUGCCGCUUUGUGGGCAAAACCAUUAGCCAUAAGUGUCUGCUCACUCCAGUUUCGAUGAAGUACAACAUUUUCUUGGAUAGAGGGAAUGUGAGUUUUCAGUCGGGUACCAGUUGGAGGGAUGAUGAGCUUGUUGAUAGAUUUUUCUGGCCUCUAGCAAUGCCAAGCCACUCCACCCUUCUUCCCCUACACUCCCUCGGCCAACUCCUUUUUGAGAGUUCAACAACCGUCAUCUACGACGGGUUACUUCUCUUUCCUCAAAACAUGGGUAUCAUGCCCGUUCUUUACAAGAAAGACUCCUCCAAAGACCCCGAAGAAGAAAAAGACCUCACAGGUAUGCUCGGCGGUUACUCAGGCUGCACCUCGUCCUUCUCGGACCCCAUGGACGACAUCAUCAACUCCUUCCGUGAAAUCGCAUUCCGGAUGUCCAUCCGCGCUGCGGCAGAACACAACUCUCUCCCUGAAGUCAAGAACGGGACGAAAACAGCGGUUAUGCAAAGAAACGUGACGUAUACGAGCGCCAGACAGGCGGCGCAGUACGCUGCUGAUCGGAGCAAGCUGGGGGUCGGGGUUGUGGUUAGUUUGUUGGGGCCGGUGGCUACGUUGGGGCUGUUUUGGGGGUGGUGGAGGUUGGGGAGGGAGUUUAGUUUGAGCCCGUUAGAGGUUGUUGGGGCUUUUGUAGCAAGUUGUGAGAGGAGGGUCGGAGGGGACAGGAAUGAGAAGAAGAAGGGUGGCUAUGGAGAGUAUGGCUCGGGGUCGGAGGGGAGUGAAACAAGGGUUAGUGCGGAAAAGGAUGGACGGCGGGUAGGGCAGCAGCAACUGAUGACUGAUAUUUUUAACGGGUGUAGUAGUAAUGCUUCGGCUGGACAAUUGGCCAAACAUAUUCGCAGGGGAGAUAUCAAGGGAACGGGUGAUACCAGAGACACGGAGCCCAUGAUCCAAUAUGGUGUGGUGGAUGGGAGAGGCCGACUUGGCUUUGCUAUUUUGGACCCAGCAACAGCAGACCGUGAGAUCGUCCGUCAGCCACGGCGAGGGGAGCUGCUAUAG